CUAUUUUUUUUUUUUCACGUUUACGAAAUUUUUAGUUUAAUUUUACAAAUAUGAAUUUAUUUAACAUUCAAGAUUUCUUUAAAUUAUGUGGUGUCAUUUUAUUUUUUUAUUUAUUAAAAUCUUUGUAUGAUAUAAUUUAUUGUGCCUACUUUGGACCGUUAAGUAUAGUUCCUGGACCAAAAUUAUUUCCUCUUACACGACUCUUUAUUUCAUUUAAACAAAUAUCAGGUCAGAGGUGGAAAUGGAUACAAAAUGUAGCAGUUCCUACUUACGGACCUAUGGUGAGACUUGGACCGAAUUUAGUGUUGAUUUCAGAUAAGGAUGCUAUCAAAGAGAUAAUUGCAGCUGACUUUCCGAAAAAUUUUAAUUAUAUAAAAUUUAGAACGGAAGAUAGGUUUGAUACAUUAUUUUCAACAAUUGAUAAAUCAUUCCACAAAAAACGACGAAGAAUACUUUCUCCGGCAUUCUCCAUUAAAUAUGUAUCAUCUUUAGAACCAUUGAUGAUAUUGUGUGUUAAAGAUUUAAUUUAUAAAGUAGAUGAAUGUAUUGAAAAAAAAACUUUUUCUGAUGGAGCUGUACUUAAUAUUGUUAAUCUUGUACAAAGUUGUGUUUUGGAUAUUAUCGGAGAAACUAAUUUUGGAGGUAAAUUUAAUAGUAUUGAAACUUUAUCUCACCCGUUGCCAGGAAAAGUUUACCAAGAGUUAAGAAGAAGAGCAAUGAAAUCUUUGUUUCCUUUAUUUAAAUCAUUUAUGAAAUAUGAUCAAUAUUUAUUGGAUCUUUCAAAUGAGUUGAUUAAAAAUAGAAGACAAGCGGAGAAGUCUAGAGUUGAUAUAUUACAAGCAAUAUUAGACGUAGUGAAAACCGAAGAAAGUGAUCAAAUUACAGAUUUUGAAAUAUUUGAUCAAAUAUUAGAAUUUUUAAUUGCUGGAACUGACACUGUUGGUCUUACGGCUUCAAUGGCAAUAACUUUACUUGCAAAAAAUCCCGAUAAAUUAAAAUUAUUACAACAAGAAUUAGAUAAUGCCUUAGGAAAUUGUAAUGAUGAAUUACCUAAACAUGAUCAAUUAAAAGCAUUACCUUAUUUAAAUGCUGUUAUUAAUGAAACGAUGAGAUUAUGGCCUGUUACUUUGGAUGGAGGUAUUGGAAGAUCACCUGAAAAAGACACGAUUAUUAAUGGAUAUAUGAUUCCCGCUCGCACAAAUUUGGUUUUAAAUUAUUAUCAUUUACAUCAUGAUUCAAAAUAUUGGGGUAAAAAUGUUGAAGAAUUCGUACCGGAAAGAUGGUUAGAUCUUAAUAAUUCACCCAAAGAUAUUUUUUAUCCGUUUUCAGCUGGAUCAAGAAAUUGUAUAGGUCAAAAUUUUGCAUUAAUGGAAAUGAGACUGAUAAUAGCAUCAUUAUUAUUUCAAUUUGAUGUCAAGGAUAUUUUAGCGCAAGAGCUUGAUAUUGUUUGUUAUAUUACGCCUAGCUUUAAUAAUUUGAAAUAUGAUUUAGUUUUCAGUAAAAGAAGUUUUAAAUCGAUUAAUAAUUGUUAGUUGAUCUAAGGAUUGGUAAAAUUAAUUUUAUUUAUUUAUACUAAAUUUAAGCUAAUAUAAUUUUAUAAAAAAAUUUAUUUGGUUGAGA